AUGAAUAUUCGAGGAUUUAAGUUUUUGGUUGAAGCUACAAUCAUUAAUGUUUCGAUAAGUGUUCAAUUUAGUUGUAAAAUAUAGGUCAUUCUAAAAAGAGGAUCAUCGAAAUUGGAAACCCAACCUACGUAUGAAUUACACAAAGGCCUUGCAAUAAUAAAUGAAUCCUUAAAUUUUAGCAUAUCAGCCAGUUUGGGGUUGGAUGGCAAAUUUGAAGAGAAAAAAACUCAAAUAAUUGUAAUUCUAGUCACCGAAAAAGGAUAAAAGAAUGCUGGUAUGCAUAACUUGAAUAUAUCGCAAUAUCUCAAUCAACAACAGUUUGGUAUGAGAAUGUUCUAUAAAAAUUACUAGAAUUUUAAGAAGCCUUGCCAUUAGAAAAAUGUCCAGAUAAAAAUGCAAAAGUUGUAGUCAACUUUAAAAUUAAACAAAUAGGAGAAAUAGAUUAAGAAUUGGAAACUACAGACCAGUCAAUUGAUAUGUCAUAGAUUUCAACAUAUACGCCAAACAAAAUACUCUAGGAAUACAGCGAUAAAGUACAAUAAAAUUAUCUUAGACUUAAAGAAGUAAGAUUCUGAACUAAAUCUCUAAAUUUAAAAGCUUAAAUAGAAAGUAAAUGAAAUGAUUGAAAAAGAACAUCAUCAAGAAAUCGUACUAAAUUAUGAAUAACAAUUGUAAGAAUUAAAUGCAAAACUCAAAACAGUUUAUAAUGAAAACACUAUGAUUCAGGCCUAAUUAACAGCCAAAUCCUCUGUUAUUGAUUAAUAAAACUAAGAAGUAGCUUAGUUGAAAUCUAAGUUAAGUGAAUAUGAAUUUGAAUUUUAAGAAAAAUGCAAAAGUUAAUCGAUCACUCUGAAUCAGAAAAAUAUUGAAUUGCAAAACCAAGUAAUUGAAUUAAAUUAAUAAAUAAAUAAUUUGAAUAGUACAAUCCAAGAAAUGAAGAAUAAUUCAAAGGAGUUUUGCAAUUAAAAUGAGAAUAAUUAAAUUGAUCAAUUAAAUUAAUUAAUAGAAAAUCUAUAAAAUUAAAUUAAAGAUAAAAAUGAACACAUUUAGAAUUUAAAAAACCUAACAUCAGGAACAAUAAUAGCAUUAUAAUAAAGAAAUGAAACUUUAGAAAAACGAUUGAAUGAACAAAAAGAUAUAGUUGAAAAAUUGAAAAAUGCAGAUUAUACAAUCAAAGCCACUUCUAGCAAUGACUCAAGUAUCUUAGUUGAAGAAUUGUAAUCUGCCUUAAGCAUUAAGAAACAAGACAUUGAGAAUUUGCAAUUGAAAUACGAAUAAUAAUUAGCAAAGAAAGAGGAAAUAGUAUAGAAUUUAUAGCAAAAAUUGGAAGAAUCAAUGAGAAAGGAACUUGACAUUAGUAAGACAAGUUAGGAUUCUAAAAAUUAAGUUGUCAAUAAAUCAGUAAGAUAAAUCCAAAGUAGAACAACUAAUGGCUAGGCUAAGAAGUCAAGUCCAAUUUUGACAAUCCAAAUGGGAAAGCAGUCUAAAGUCUAACAAAUGCAAAGAUAAAUUGCAGAUACAUCCUCAUUUAUCGACGAUCAAAAGGAACUUCCAGAUCAGUUGUUGUCAUUGAAAAGAACAAUAUAGAGCAAACUUUAAAGUUAUCAACAGGCAUAAAUAUCCUUAGAGUAAAAGGUUCAAUAAUUGCAGUAAGAGUUGGAAAUGUGUUAAUAAAAAUUGAAAUAGGAAUAAAGUUAAUAAUGUUCUGAAUCCUAAUUCCAAGAGUAGACGCACACCUCUAGUGAGGAAAUCUAAAAAAUAACAUCGGCACUUGAACAAAAGACCUAGGAAUUGUUGUUUUUGUAGCAACAAUUCGAACAGCAAAAGUAGUCAGGGUUGGAUCUUUCAAAAUAACUUGAGGAAACAAAAUCUUAACUAAAUACCGUUAAGCAAAAUUUAUUGAAAUCCAAAUAAUAAUUGGCUGAGACCUUAUAAGAGAAAGUAUUGCUUUAGGCUAAAAUGACUGAAUAGCAAAAAUCAAUUAAAGAAAAGAAUUCUGAAAUUCAGAAGGGAUAAGAAUUAAUUGCAGAGCUUGAAUAAUAUAAUAUUCAAAUGGAAGAAACCAUUUCCUAAACACUCGAAUAAUACAAACUAUAACAUUAACAAAUUAAGUAAAGCUAUGAGAAAGAGAAAAAAUGGAGAUAAGAACUCUAAGAAUAGAUAAAGGCACUAAAAGAGGAAUUGUCUAAAUUUCAAUAAGGAAUAGGCAAUGAUGUAUCGGAUAAAUAGCAGUAAUGCUAAUGCAAAGAAUAAUUAUAACAAAAUUAAUAUUACAUAGACGAAUUAUAAUAAUAAAUAGCAGAAUUAUAGUUAUUAAAAUUGGAACAAGGAAUUCAAAAAAAUCGAGAAUCAUUAAUAAAAACAAGUGUUUAAGCAAGUAGAAGGGAAUCCUUGGCUUACUUACAAUAUGAUGAUUUAAAUAAAAAGGAAGAAACUAAUGCUAUUUAAAAAAGUAUUAAUUCAAAUGAAAUUGGAUUGUUUAAAGAAUUGGAGGAAUAAAUUCAUCGAUUAACUAAUGAGAAAAUUAAAGUAUCUAGAGAUUAUCAAAACGAAUUAGAAAGAGUUCUUAUGGCUAAUGAAGAAUUAGAGAAAAAAUGUACUAUGCUCCUAUUUGAGUUGGAACAUAGUAAAAUAACAAUAGGUGAAAUAUUCAAUGCUGCUAUUGAAAUUGGAGGAACACCUUUAGUUGACCAACUUUAAAUAGCAUUCGGUAUAAAAGAAUGA